AUGGUUUUGCCGCCACCUGACAAACGGCACGUGUGUCUAACCACCAUCGUCAUCAUGACAAGCAUGGCCUUCAUGGAUGCCUACCUGGUCGAACAGAACCAAGGGCCCCGCAAGAUCGGGGUCUGCAUCAUCGUUCUGGUGGGGGAUAUUUGCUUUCUCAUAGUGCUUCGGUACGUGGCGGUCUGGGUAGGUGCCGAGGUCCGAACUGCUAAGCGAGGCUAUGCCAUGAUCCUCUGGUUCCUCUACAUCUUUGUGCUGGAGAUCAAACUCUACUUUGUCUUCCAGAACUACAAGGCUGACCGGCGGAACUUAGAGACGGUGGCGCGCAAGGCACUGACUCUUCUGCUGUCGGUCUGCGUGCCGGGCCUCUACCUGGUCCUCGUGGCCCUGGACAGCAUGGAGUACGUCCGCACCUUCCGCAAGAAGGAGGACAUGCGCGGACGGCUCUUCUGGGUGGCCCUGGACCUGCUGGACGUGCUGGACAUCCAGGCCAACCUGUGGGAGCCGCAGCGGACGGGCCUGCCCAUCUGGGCGGAGGGCCUGAUGUUCUUCUACUGCUACAUCCUGCUGCUGAUCUUGCCGUGCGUGUCGCUGAGCGAGAUCAGCGUGCAAGGGGAGCACGUGUCCCCGCAGAAGAUGAUGCUCUACCCGGUCCUCAGCCUGGUCACCAUCAACGUGGUGACGAUCGUCAUCCGCGGCGUCAACAUGGUGCUCUUCCAGGACAGCCGCGUGUCCACCAUCUUCAUCGGCAAGAACGUGGUGGCCAUCGCCACCAAGGCCUGCACCUUCCUGGAGUACCGCCGACAGGUGAAGGAGUUCCCGCCGGCGCACGACCCUGCCGCCGGCAUCGCCCUGGAGCUCCAGCAGAACUCCGUGGCCCACAACCAGACGCUGCCCAAUGCCACCACUACCAGCCUGCCCGAGGAGCCGUCGCCGCCCGCCGAGGUCAUUGACACGUGACAAGCCAAACAAUCCCUUCCUUCCUUUUCCUCCUCUAAACCCUUCCAGUCACCUCUCCCAUCUGUGUCUAGCAGCCAUUACAGACUAGACACACUUGAAUGGACUGCUGAGACUUGUUUUUAUCAGAGGAGUUGUUUUUUGUAAACCACAUCAUCAUAAAUAUGUAUUUGUCCCAAGGAGGAGAGUUGGCAGCCUUUCAGGGUCAAGACGAACUCUCCUUCCCUUAAUGGGGAAUGCUGAAAAAGUUCCGAAAACUUCAGAAAUUUCUUAUUUUUAAAGAGGUAUUUUUGAGAAAAAGGGAAAAUCUUUUUGCUCUGGACUGGGGUAAAA